CGAAAAAAUGAUACGGCUUGCAACGUUAACCAAAUUGCGAACGGUGUGAUGAGAUUAUCAUCACAUAAUGGAAGUAUUUAUCUGUAUGAAUUUCUGUGCUUUUCUUAUAUGGACCACCAUGCAAAUUAAUAUACCUUAAUCAGAUUUGCGGUAUGCGACGUAGACAAGAGCGUUAAUACAAUAUCGUGACGAUCGUGACGCUUUGCCAAGUGUGGCUUUUAACGAUUGCAUGACUGCUACAUUUUUUUUUUCCAAGUAAACAGUAUCGUGUGUACGAAUAUUUGCGUAAGGGCUAUGACGAUGAAAAUGUAACAUGCGAUCAAUGCUCGCGUGCACAUUGCCUUGUUUCGAUGUAGAAGUGUAAUAGAAUUUAAAAUCUUUUUCAAUCUAUUAAUGAGUUUUUUAGUAUUUAAUUUUGGGUAGAGACGCGGUUUUUCCGCGAAUUUAAUUAUUUUUAAAAACCGUAAAGAUAUAAAUAUGUUUCUUUUGCGUUAUGGGUGUACGCGUAUUAUGGGUGUAAACCCAAGUAUCGAUAGCAGUCCGGAUAAGUAGUCCGCGCGUCGCUAAAUGGAUGAUAAAUAGAUUAUCUUUCUGGUGAGUGCACGAACGUGACGUUACGUGAUAUUUACAUUUUGUGAUCCAUGUAGAAUGUGUUAUUACGUUUUCGCGAGUCGAGUAUCCGAAUAGCGUAGUGUACUGCUCGACAUCGUUGCCUCGCUGCAUUUCGAAGCGGUUAUUGAUGCGGUACGCGUAACGGCUAACGCAUAACGCGUAAACGCGCAACGCGCAAGUGUUGAGACAAACAACAUGUAUAAUAUUAAACUGAACUCGUUUGACUUUCAUCGGUCACAAGACUUUUAUUCACGUCGCGUCUUUUUUAUCGUGCUGAUAACCAUUUCUUUUGCUACUGGGCUACCAUCACGACGUACGACCGAUCGAUCUGUUAUCUUGAAAAAUUUUAUGGAACGCCAAAAUCAGCGUGACGAAGCGUCAAAGUACUUAAUACCUUGUACGGCGAAAUUUAUCGAGGAAUAUUUCGAAUAUCCGGAUCGAAUAUCACUCUUACUACCGGAUAUGCUGCAAGACAUUUCCGUUGUCAUAGAAACAUUGAUGAACGAAUUACGUAUUACAAGCGCUAUUUAUACAUUAAACGUCAGUCUGACAAAUGUAAUGGAAACAUACGACGCUUUGACAAACGUUGUUAUUCUGUCAGAGAGCGGAAUCACUCUCGAAGCGAACGAUUCCUCUUUUGUCAAUGACUGUGAGCACGAUUGCAAUUUUAUAAUAGUGCUAACAAAUCUGUUCACCGAUGAAGAAAGCUUUCUGAUAGAAGCUGGGACGCUCGUACAACAAAUGUCCCUGGGAUCGAUUUUUAAGCUCGAGAUAUUGGCGUCGGUCGGAGAUUCGGUUCUGCUCGCCAGUAGCCUUCCGGUCCGGAUCAACGAAUCGUACACACUUGCCGAACCAGCAUUUUCAGGCAGAUGUGAACAGCAAGCUGCUGCAAUUCGAUGGCAGCGCUUCACAAAUAAAACGACAUCGUUACUCGACGCUAGUACCGUGAACGCGGCGAUGUUCAAUAAUUUUCCAUUCACGUUUUUCAUCAACGACACCAACCAUUUCAGUUUCGGUGGAGUCGAAGGCUCAAUGGUGGAAGAAAUUGCACGUAGCAUGAAAAUUAAGCUCAACAGGGAGACUAUUGAAACGAUGGAGAAGACUACGAUUAAAACCGAAAUAUAUCUGAGACUUUACAAUGCGACCCACGAUUUAGUGUUUGGUGGCCUUUUGUGGGAUUUUAGCCGAAAAGUGACAUACACGACUUGUUAUGGUAUGGUGCACGUUUCAUGGAUAAUACCGAUUGAAACGAACGUUUCUCUACGUGGCUUGAUAUCUCCGUUUGGCGCGAAUAUUUGGUACGCUAUAAUUUGCACUCUGAUCGCUGGUGGACUCGUAAAACUAUUUGUUAUUCGUGACAUUACAUUUUUGGAUAUUGUGGCGUUGAUUUUCGGUGUGCCAGCGUUUCGUCAACCUACAAUGACUUCUAGCAGAAUUCAAUUCAUAUCUUGGACUUUAUUCGGAUUUUUUCUCACGCAACUUUAUCUAGGAUCGUUGGCUGAUUAUUUGAUUAGAACAUCGGACAUGCAGAUGGAAUCUAUGGAGGAAUUAGCUAACUCAGGACUAAAGAUAGGCGGGACUCAGCGAUUCGCGGAUUUGUUACAAACGCCUGAUAAAGCUGACAUGGAAGAUAACGUUGACCGAAUGAUUCGUGAGAAACUUAUUAUUUUGGAGAGACGUGAUUAUAGUAAUCAACUCUUAGCUCUUGUCGAAGGAAGAAAUACUAGUUUGGCUCUUCUCGUGAUGUUGAAUUUGACAAGUAAUCCUUCUAAAAUAGGACGCGCACAUAUUAUAAAAGAGACUGUGGGUAGUUAUCCGUUGGCCUUCGUCACUCGACAAGAUUUUCCAUAUUUAGCAGAAUUUAAUUUCAAGAUUCAAAUCCUCGUUCAAGCUGGUCUCGUUGAAUUUUGGUCAAGCAUGGCGAUGUUAAACCGAAGUCAUUACAUCGUAGAAAAUGAGGAUGACGAUUCCAAGAUUGACAUCGAUGAUAUCGCGCCAGCAUUUUUCCUCUUGAUCAUGGGAUGUCUUGGUGGAUGCUGUCUGCUAAUUAUAGAAGUUAUUUUUUAUCCAUCUAAAUUGUUUCUAUAAAUUUACUUUUAAACGCUUUUAUAUAAACAUUAUCUGUGUAUAUAUGGUUAUUUUGGACCGAUAUCUCAUUAUAUUUUAUUUUAAUUGAACAUUAUAAGUCGAUAUUGCUAAUGUUUUAUACUUUUUAAGGACAUCUUCGUCACAUAUUUUGAACAUUUUUCUCGGUUAUACGAUAACUACCUUGGCUUAUUAACCGUUCAUAAUAAGUCUAUCGAGAUUCCGCGGAAUAUUUAACCACGUCUCCCAGAUAAAAUAGCCCCGCAGCGAGUUAAUUAGAAAAGUUCCCGGCUAAUUUCAUUAAACCUCUCUCUGUUUAGCUUGCCGAAGGAGGUAAAACUUUAAGAGGUGAGAAGUCGAUUUUAAAAUUUACCUAACAACAUUAUUGACUGUGAUGUAUUUGGUUGGUGCAAAAGAUUUUCGUAUCUAUCGAAUAAAGUUGAAAACAAUUACAGCAAACAAUUACAGCACAAUCGAAGCGAACGCGAACGUGUCGUCAACGGCUUCGAUAUUCUUUUUAGUUAAAAAUUUUUUUAAGUUGUCUUUUUAAAUAACUCCAAAUUUCUAAUUUUGCGUAACACAGAUGUCGAUGAGAAAAGCGACGAACAUACCAAACGUUAUGAUUUACAAUAUAAUAUAAAACUCGAAAUGU